AUGCUUCACCAUUUGAUGGUAGGCACCUGGACACCUCCAGGUGCCAUAUUUACCUUNCAAUUCGACGACGAGGCUUUGACCUUGAAAUUGAUCAAAAGAACCGAGAUCCCCAAAGAUGAACCCAUCUCAUGGAUGACUUUUGAUACCAUCUACGGAGCUGCCAUGAAGAAGUGGAACAGUUUCUCUGUCAAGAGUCCAACAGAAAUCGAACACACUGCCUCAUUCCCUAUGGAACACGACCCUAAGGCUUCUCAAGCGGACACCAAAACUCGUGCAAUCUUUGUUUUGGCAGGCAAGAAGCCACCGUAUAAUGUGUAUGGCAACCCUUUCUAUGACCAUGCUGGCUCAGGCAACGUCUUCUCGGUGAACGAGAACGGAAGUCUCAAAGAGAACACCCAGAACUACGACUACUGUCCACAAACAGCAAUCCAUGGCAUGGUCUUCGAUCCCACGGAAACCUACCUCUACUCCGCGGAUAUGUGGGCAAACAGGGUCUGGUGCCAUAAGAAGGACCCAAAGUCGGGACACAUGACCACUAUUGGCAGUGUCGAUGCUCCUGCAGCAGGUGAUCACCCUCGCUGGGUCGAGAUGGCACCUAGUGGAAAGUACCUUUAUGCCUUGAUGGAAGGUGGCAACAGACUUGGAGUGUACUCAAUAGACGAGGAGACCCAUAUGCCUGUCUAUACCAACAAGAUCUAUCCUCUUGUUCCUCCAGGCCAUCAGGAGAUCUACUCCAAGAUGUACCGCUCAGAUGUUGUUUUCCUCUCGUCCAGCGGCAAAUACCUGUUCGCGACAUCUAGAUCGAACUCUCCAGACUUGACGGGCUAUGUUGCAGCCUUCAAGCUGUCCGAGUCUGGUGACAUUGAGCGCCAGAUCUGUCUCAACCCUACGCCUACAAGUGGUGGACACUCCAAUGCCGUCAGCCCUUGCCCUUGGAGCGAUGAAUGGCUAGCUUUGACCGACGACGAAAAGGGCUUUAUCGAGAUCUACCGAUGGAACGAAGAGUUCCUCGGUCGUGUUGCUCAUUGCGAUGUCAAGGAGCCUGGCUUUGGCAUGAAUGCUAUCUGGGUCGCCCUACGGUCGUAUAGAAUGCGUUUGGAACAAGCAUCUCUCUGCCGCAGCUUCUGCCGUGUGCCCAAAGAACGACCCCACUACCCCCUCAUCUCAAAUGUUUUGUUUUCGGGGAGCAACGGCAUCGUCAUUCGGGAUAUAAGCAACCUCUACAAACCAUUUCUCAUAAUCUCAAACCCUACCACCCUUCUUCAAUCUAAGACCUGUGCAAACGAGCAGCAAAAGAACGCAAGCAUGGCAAAGACACCGGGAAUCCUGUAUGUAACCAUGCAACCCUCGGCCACCCUCCCAGCAGCCGACUUCCACGACUGGUAUAAUAACGAACACGGACCCAACCGCUUGCGUCUCCCUUUCAUCCACAAUGGCUUCCGCUACCGCGCCCGCGACAUUGACGCUCAAGGCAAAGGCAAGCACGAAUGGAUGGCCAUCUACGACACCGACGACAUGGACGCCUUCAACUCAGAAGCCUACCUCGCUCUCCGCGGUGCUCCAAUCCAGACCCAGCGUGAACGAGACAUUAGACCCUCUGUUGACAUCGACAGAAGGAGUUUUGACCUCGUGAGCAGCAGAGAAGCCAAAGACUUUAAGAAACUGGAAAAGAUUGAACACUAUGGAGAGGGCAACGUCAUGGUAUCUGUGAGUCUGAGAUUGAAGUCUGGCCACAAAGGUGAAGAGCUGGAUAAAUGGUACAAUGAAGAGCAUAUUGAUAUGUUGUCCAAAGUGCCCGGUUGGCUGCGAACAAGACGCUACGUUACUGCUGCCAUCGACAAGAAGGAUGAAGUCGAGUACAUGGCUCUGCACGAAUACACGCCAAAGAAUGGUCUCGGCGGCAAGGAAUGGCAAGCCACAAACGAUACACCAUGGGCGAAAGACAUCAUGACCAAUGUCGUGGCCGAAAAGGUCAGACGCGAAUACGAGCUCUUCUAUACCUUCGGCGCUGCNCCCCGCGACCUCCAAAACUUCGCCAUUGCCGGGUUCAAGAGAUGGGAUAGUCCAGCCACGCAAACCAGAACGUUCUCUACCGGCAACGAUGGCGGUGCAGUCGAAUCGUACAUCACGACCAGCGACGGAGCAGAACUCCAAUACAGACUCGAAGGCUCAACACAUCCCAACGCACCUUUGAUUGUACUCAGCAAUUCGAUCCUCACAUCCUACGGCAUCUGGGAUCGCAUGGUGGACUUGUUCUUAGCCAAGAACAGCCAAUACCGUAUUCUGAGAUACAACACCAGAGGCCGCACAAGCAAGGCCGGCGACAAGCUCGUCACGAUGGACGUUCUGGCUUCCGAUAUCGUUGCUCUGCUCGAUGCACUCAAGGUGCCCAAGGCAGCAGCAAUCGUGGGUGUCAGCAUGGGCGGAGCAUCCGUGCUCAACGCUGCCCUGACAUACCCAGACAGAAUCGCAACAUUCAUCGCAUGCGACACCAACGACAAGAAUCCCGAGGUCAACAGAAAGGCAUGGGGCGAGCGAGUGGCCAUGUGCGAGAAGGAAAACGCCUCCGGUGAAGAAGGCGAGAAGAUUGUCGGAGAAGAACUCGCCGAAGUCACGGUGAGACGAUGGUUCGCCAAGGAGAGCUACGACGGGAGUGACAUGGAGAAGGAGUGCGAGAGAGUCAAGAAGAUGGUUGUCAACAACAGCCUGGAAGGAUUCAGAAAGAGUGUGGAGGCACUGUGUGACUACAACUUCCAGCCGCACAUGAAGAGUGGAAAAGUUAAGGGUGUAUUUGUGGUUGGCAGCGGAGACGGAGUGCUGCCAAAGACUAUGAAAGAGAUGGCUGCCAGAUAUGGCAGCGAUGGCGCCGAGUGCGUCGAGAUUGAGGGAGCGGGUCAUCUGCCCAUGGUGGAAAAGCCAGACCAAGUGGCAGAGGUGCUUGGUAAACUGGUGGCUUCGUCGUCGUCGUAG